CAUAGGCAAUCCUCUUCCGGAUUUAAUAAAUCCCCUUCGGCUGCGGCAUUUUCUGUGAAGAAGAAAAACUCAGCAGCAGAAGUAAAAAAAGGAAAGGGAAGAAAAGCUGAAGUCGAUUAUUUUUGAAAAUGUUUAAGAAUACAUUUCAAUCUGGGUUCUUAUCCAUUCUGUACAGCCUAGGGAGCAAGCCUUUACAAAUAUGGGACAAAGAAGUUGUCAAUGGUCAGAUCAAACGGCCACAGGAUGAAGACAUCCAGUCCAAUGUCCUUGAAAUAGUUGGCUCAAAUGUGCAGUCAACAUAUAUUACAUGUCCGGCAGAUCCUGCUGCAACUCUUGGUAUAAAGCUUCCUUUUUUGGUUAUGAUCGUAAAGAAUCUAAAGAAAUAUUUCACAUUUGAGAUACAAGUGCUGGAUGAUAAGAAUGUUCGACGGCGUUUCAGAGCUUCGAAUUUUCAAGCUGUGACACGAGUGAAGCCAUUUAUCUGCACCAUGCCGCUUAGAUUAGAUGAGGGAUGGAAUCAGAUCCAGUUGAAUCUUGCUGACCUUACAAGAAGGGCUUACGGCACGAACUAUGUUGAGACUCUACGGGUCCAAGUUCACGCAAACUGCCGCCUGAGAAGGAUAUAUUUCUCUGACCGCCUUUAUUCAGAGGAAGAGCUUCCUCCGGAAUUCAAACUGUACCUUCCUAUGCAGAAGGCAUAGUGAUGGUGAAAAGAACUGUAGAUGACCUGUGCCUUGGAGGUCUCUUGCCCCAUUUCCGGAGGAAUUGGCAAUGCAUCCGCUGCGGACAUCAUUACGUCUAUGCAUUCGGUACGACCCUGUGUGUAAAAUGACUGUCUUUAUCUAUUAAAAUUGCUGACUUCGAAGUUCGAACUAUUGUACUAGUCCUAGUGUUAGAGACAGGAGAACUCUAAUAUCUGAACUGAUUGGCUUAUCCUGA